AUGAUAUGUUAUCGAUUGAUCGGUUUUCUCACAAAGGAACGUGAAGAAGAAGUCAAGAGGAUGAGAGAGCAGAAGUUAGCUGAGGAGGCAGAGAGGCAGAGGCUUUUAUCUGAAGUUGAGAUGCGGAACAGAGAACGGGUUUUGAAUGAAAUAAAGGAGCGGGAGAAGGAAGAAGCGGCUCAGCUUCGGAUACAGCACAUAAAGCUUAAGAAUAGAACUGAUCUAGAGAAUAUGGGAAAGAAAGAUUUAUUAGAGUUGGCCCUGCAGGAACAGGUUAGGGAGAGACAGGAAAUGGAAAAGAAACUGCAAAAACUCGCUAAAACAAUGGAUUAUUUGGAAAGAGCAAAAAGAGAAGAGUCUGCUCCCUUGAUUGAAGCUGCUUUUCAGCAACGCCUGGUGGAAGAGAGAAUACUUAAUGAACGUGAACAACAG